CUCAUAGAGAGAAGUGCUGCAGUGACAGCAGUAAGCGAACAACUAAGUACACUACUUCACUAUGCUUGUUGGAAUGGACAUACAGAAGUAGCGCAGCUGCUGCUCAGCUAUGGUGCUUCAAUUGACGCCAAAGAUAAUGAUGGUGAUACUUCACUUCACGUAGCUUCACUGGGUGGACACACAGACGUGGUGCAGCUUCUCAUUGAUAGAGGUGCAGCUAUCGAUUCAGUAAGCAAGGAUCGAAUGACUCCACUUCAUAGGGCUGCACUCGAUGGCCACACAAAAAUAGUGCAGCUACUCAUAGACGGAGGUGCUGCAGUGACAGCAGUAAACGAGAAUUUACACACACCACUUCAUUACGCUGCGGGGUAU